GCCUGGAAAACAUGGCGGCGACUGGGGAAAAGAAACUUGUACGUUCCCAAAGUGGUUUGCGUAUGGUUUGCAUGAAUGCAAAUGACACCAGUCCAUUUACAUUACCAGAACCCCAAUGGAUCCCGGAUGCAGACAUGGGAUACUGCAUGAACAGAAAUUGUCAAGCCAAGUUUGACUUUAUGAAGAGAAGGCAUCACUGUCGACGUUGUGGGAAAGUCUACUGCAACACCUGCUGUGAUAAGAAGUUGCCACUGCCUCGUAUGUGCUUCGUCGACCCUGUGCGCCACUGCAAUAACUGCUAUGAAAAUACUUUAAAGGAGAAUGAGUUCUAUGACAAACACCUGAAAACACUGCUGACAGGAGGGGAGUUCCUUAUGCUGGACCAGGAUGAAAACUCGGACAGCUCAGAAUCCUUCCUUUGUAAACUCUCCAGCAAUAACAGACUCCUGACAUUCGAGGGUGAGAAUAGGAAACGAGAAUCCAUUUUGGUCGACCGGAUUGAGGCAGUGCAGGUUGUCACUACAGAUAUCGAUACACAAGACGAGGAAGGCAACAAGAUGGGCACAGGGAUCGCUUUGCGGUACAAGGAUAACUACGGGGAUAGUCAGACCGUGAAGAUGGAGGUGAUCGAUGGCAGCAGCAGCAAGAAACAGGGCAUGACGUGGGUGGCAGCCAUGCAGAAGGCCUUCAAGAUGAUAUUCGAAUCUCGAACCGACUCCUCGUAUCCUUGAUGGCAUCCUUGAAGAAGGGGAGAUACAGUCAAAUUUCGCUGAACACCUACACGCAAAAUCCUUGUUGGGUUUUCUUUAAGAAUUCUCAUUUCCUGAAUACACUUACUCAUGAUUUGAUGUUUUGUUUAAAACUCCACUGAAGAGGAUAUGAAUUACCGAAAAUCGGGUCUCCAUUGUGAAAAGUUUGUUUAGUUGUUGGGAGUAGUUUUUUCAAUUUUCAUACAUAUGUACUUGAGUUUCGUUCCAAUAUGUUUUUGUGUGUGUUUGAAACAGUCGACUCUGUGAAAUCCAAUAAAAAAUUAAAACAGAUCGUGAAAUAUGAAGAGCCAGUACAAUUAUAUGACCAUUUUGAAAGCUAUUCUUAGAGUUUGACUUAUUGUGUCAGCUGUUAUGUGCUAAUGAUAAUAGUAAAAUGUUUGCUUAUUCUUGUCACACUAUGGCUGAAAUAUUGCUGAUGUGACCUUAGUUUCAACUCCCUCUCUCACUCACUCAGAUAAUGGGCCCAUUUCUGGCGUUCCCCGCUGUGAUAUUGCUGGAACAUUGCUAAAAGCGGCGUAAAACCAUACUCACUCACUCACUCACUCAGAUAAUGGAGGAGGUAAAUGUCUAAUGAUGGAAGAUGGGAAGGUUGCCGGAUAUGGACUAUAUAUCAGGAUUAUAUUGCAUGUAAAUGUUUCAGUAAUUUGUUUUUUGAUUCAGUGAAACCUCAUUAACGUCAUGAUCCUUAACUACUAUAUGACCACUAUGUAGCCUAAUAUCAGCACUAUAUGGCCUAAUGUCAGCACUGUGGUCUUAUAUCACCACUAUAUGGCCUAAUGUCGGUACUGGGGUCUUAUAUCACCACUAUAUGGCCUAAUGUCGGCACUGUGGUCUUAUAUCACCACUACAUGGCCUAAUGUCAGUACUGUGGUCUUACAAUACCACUAUAUGGCCUAUUGUCAGUACUGUGGUCUUAUAUCACCACUAUAUGGCCUAAUGUUGGCACUGUGGUAUGUGCUAUGGUUGGUAGUGGUGCUAGUGUUGGUACUGUGGUCUUAUAUCACCACUAUAUGGCCUAAUGUUGGCGCUGUGGUCUUACAAUACCACUGCGCAGCCUAAUAUUGGCACACUGAUCUUAUGUCACCAAUACAUUGCCUAAUGUUGGCAGAUUGGUCUUAUAUCACCACUAUAUGGCCUAAUGUUGGCGCACUGAUCUUAUGUCACCAAUACAUUGCCUAAUGUUGGCAGAUUGGUCUUAUAUCACCACUAUAUGUCCUAAUGUCGGCAGUGUGGUUGUAGUUGAACUACAGAUGGACUUGAGGACCAAUGAGUUAAUGAGGUUUGUUACUUUCUCAGUAUAAUUGUAGUGGUUUAUGUGAUGACUCAACUUCAUUUCAUCCAUUGCUGCCGUGGAGAUUGUGUUGACUCUUCUUUGUUUUAAACCGUAGACGAGAGGACGGAUAUAGAUGCAUGUUGCUUUGUCGCGUGUGGAUAGCGGCAUAUGUUACUGCUUCUGAUGACAAGUGUCAAUGGUACUGCUGUAAUCGAUGAUAGAACCAGGUUAUGUUUAAUGGGACUUGUCUUUCUGAAUUUUAGAUUCUUCUUGUAAGUGUUUUCUCAUAGAGAAGUAAAACUAAGAUUUGUUUUCAUCCUUGUUAGACCCUGGUCAACUUGAAUGAUGCUUUUAACUACCAACAUGUUCACUUGUGUAUAAUCUUCAUAUUCAUGAUGGCAACAUGUUCAUCCAGCUUGACUCUUCCAGUUCUGUUUAUUGCACAUUUGUACAGUAGCACCUGCAUAAUGACGGCUUUAUCAAACAAUAUUGUAAUGAGCCAAGGUAAAGGUGAAGGUGUUUAAGGACUGGAUAAAGGACUCACGUCAAAGACUUCAUAUUUGCCGUAAUAAGUGCCCUGGACCCUGUUCCACAAAGUGAUCUUAGCGCGACGAUGAUCGUAAGCCAGUGUUAAAGUAUGGUAGUUACGAUCACCUUAGCGCUAAGUUCGCUUUGUGGAAGGGGGCCCUGGACUCUUAGAAAAUUGACAAAUUGGGGCUCUUAUAAAAACCAUGCAUAAGUCACAUUUGUUAAACUUAGUUCAAAUGUCAAUGAAAUUAAAGCAUUUUUGAUAUUAGUUACUGGCUAUUAUAAAGCCCUCACACACUGCUGCUUUUCUGAAACAUCAUCUGUAAAAUACGAACAAAAAUAUGGAUUGUCAAAUAAGUUUUCGGGCUUUGUAUGAGGCACUUAUGAAGAUGAUGACUUACUGAUUGGUUUAGAAUUUGGCCAGGGGCUCUUAUUGGAGCAGGGUGCCUAAUAUGGUGAAUGCAUUGUUUUGUUUCUGACAUGGGAUAAGGUUGAUAGAACAGAGUUCCCGUCUGACCUACUGCCCACAGCAAGUUGGCAAGGUUUGUGUCCAUCUACUUAGACAAACAAGGUGCUAUACUGGUAAAUGAGAAACUUGAUGUUGUAAAGUGAGCAUGGUUAUUUUGAAUCAUGAUCAGCAUUUUCACUGAGGAGAGUUGCUUCCCUUCACCAUGCCAGAAUCCUAUGAUAGUGGGUUUAAAUCCCAGAAUCACCCUUAUGUCAAACCUUGGGGGUUUCAACAAAUUGGUAAAUAUCUUAGAUCUGUAUAUUGCUUGGAGAUUUCCACAUGCCAUGAUGUAACUGAAAUGUGUUUUCAUUAAUAAGUACUUGACAUCUUCGUGUUGCAAGUUGUACAGUGCAUGGAUAGCCAUGGUAUGUGUGUUCACUCAAAUGGGAAUGAUAUAGGAAAUAUGGGUUUGUUUACCCUGCUGGUUUAUGACAGCAACAUUAAAAAAACAGUGUGAAACUAGAACCUGGAGCCUACUUCAGAUCAUUGCUGAGGUUUAUUCAUAUAUUGAAUGAUUCCAGAAAAUACUUAUAUUGUACAAUUUAAAUUGUUUGAUAGGCAUUACUUAGAAGUUGACGGAUGACCAAGUAAACACAAUGUAUGGAUAACAACUGCUUUAAUAACUGUAAAGGCGACGUUUCUGUAUAGAUCCUUAUAUCGUUGUCAAGCAACAUCUAUACCCAAACGUCACCUUCACAGUUAUUAAAGAAGUUGUUAAACAUAAAUUGUGUCUACUUUGUUGAACAAUUUACAUUGAAAUGUUCAAUACAAGCCCGUUUUCAAUUUUUUUUGCUUUACUUCUGUAAAAUUUGAAACGAGUAAAUCACAAAAUUAAAUUGGUGUGGCUUCAAAUACAUUAAAGUGACAAACUGUCAUUGAAAUAUUUUUUCAUGUAGAAUAAGUAUUGGUAUCUUAGUUAAAAUUUGAAAAACAUUUAAAUGGCAUGAAACCUGAAUUUAAUAUUGUGCCAAACUGUUAUCAGUUUAAUGUCUAUUGCUAUGGCAGUCAGUUACAGAUAGUAGUAUUCAUUGCAUGUGCUGUAGUAGAGUAGUUGUAAGUUAUUGAUGUGUAUCAAGUUGUUUAUAUUUAUUAAUGGCUUCUUUCAUCUCACAUUCCUCAGAAGAAAUAAUUGGUUGUGUUUCUUUAUAAAUAAACUUUUUUUAUCAUG